ACUUCCAUCCGAAUGACGUACGCGCUUUUCGUGACGAGCUGCGUAUACGCACCUCUUUGGGCAAAGGCUUGCUUGUGCCGAUCACCUGUUACAUGGAGCCACCCGAGUUGCACAUUUUCGUGCAUAAAAUGGAAACACCAGUAUUCACCAGCACUGACCUCAUGGCCUUCAAAAUUUCCGAAAAUCAAGGGAACAUUAUAGAUUUGGGUGCCAAGCUAUUGGGAGAUCAGCAUUAUGCUUCAUUAGUACUUCAAUGUAACGAAGCCCAUGUAUCGUUUUUUCUACUUACUGAAGACGCUUGGCUUGAAUGCAAUAUUGAAGAACUGACUGCCAAAGGAGACAUAAAAACCGGUCCAUUUACCAUCCAUCCAGCCUGGUGGUCCGGCGGCGGUAUAGUUCGCGGGAUGGUCCGUUGUCACGCCUCGGAUACGGGGUUCCACAGUGCUGAAAUAAGAGUCCUGUCAUCUACGGCUGUGACUAGAUUGUUCCAUGUUGUUGCUGACUCGCUGUAUUAUGAUCCUGCACAUAUUACGAUUCUGGCGCAUGAGAAGAAUUACGAUAUAAAUAGCGAAGAUGAUCCUGAAUGCGAGUAUUAUGUAAACUUGGGUACCUCUUUCCCGAAUCGUCCUUUAUCCGCUACAAUACAGAUCGUUAACCAUUGUCCACUUUCAUACACAUUUUCCUGGAAAUCAAGGCGUUGGGGUGUAUGCUCGUGCUGGCAGGAGAAAUUGGCUUCAAGGACUGUUUUGGAGGAACAAGAGGAAACAAGCUGUCAGCUGUGCCCUGGAGCACAGGCUGCAAAGGAGGCUGGCGAGAAGCUAGCAGACCCUAGCUUGGAUGAAAUUACUCAUCGGGUACGUCUGGAGCCGGACAGAGCUAGUGUGCGCCAGCGCAGCGCGUGCGCUGUUCGAGUUCAUAUGCCCGACACCGGCGCGCAGAUAGGGACACACCGCACUGUGCUGCAAUUAAUACUGGAGAGCAUACCAAUAGAAAGCUUCAAGCCCGGGUACCAACCAAGUAUAAUAAGCACAAGAAAAACGGAUGAACUUGGCCCUGAUGGAACAGUUUGGACCCACACGGUUUGUGAUAUCGUGCAAGCUCAAGUAGAGGUCUGGUGGAACGUGGUACCUGUUCGUUUCGUGCUGGAUCCGGUCGUGGUGCCUCUCAUUCAUUCAAGAAGGGUGAAAGCUGUCCCAGUCUCGUUAAGCGCAACGCAACUGUACGGGGUGGAUGACAUCGCCACACUUUGGCACUCUACAGCUCCCAUGGUGCUGCCAUCUGGCUUGGAACUCUCUCCCUUUAAUACGAUUGGAGCUAAAAUGGUGGUGCCACUACCGUUGCUGCCCAAUGAGUAUCCUGAAGACGAUGUUAUAACGUGA